AUGGCUAGAUUCCUCCUUCUCUGUUUCCUCUUCGCGUCGGCGCUGACGUCAUCCCUGACAUCUGCCGGAGACGAUAACCACGUCUACUCCCCAUGUUCAGAUUCCACCGUCGCGAUCGGCGAUGGAUUCACUUUCGGAAUCGCCUUCGCGUCGAAAGAUUCCUUCUUGGGUACCAACCGUUCCGUUCAGUACUCUCCCUGCGAUCGUCGCCACCUCUCUCUCAACGGCAACUCUGAGCUCGCCGUGUUCAGACCUAAAGUCGACGAGAUCACGCUCCUUACUAUCAACACCUCUUCUAGCUCCUCUAGUUACCGUCCGGAUGCUUCAAAGGGAUAUAUGGUAGCAUUCGCUGGUGCAAAAUACGCUGCAAGAUCAGUUCCAAUCAUGGUUGCAGACAACGAUCACGUCGUCACAAGCUUCACCCUUGUUCUUGAGUUCCAAAAGGGCAGGCUUGAGAACUUGUUCUGGAAGAAAGACGGAUGCUCCAAAUGUACUGGAGACGCGAAAUUCGUGUGCCUCAACAAAGAACAAUGCGCAAUCAAAAGACAAAGCUGCAAGAACCAAGGAGGACAAGUAGAUUGUAGCUUGGGGAUCCAAUUGGCGUUUUCAGGCACGGAUAAGCAUUACACCGCGUUGAACUCUUGGUACGAGGUUGCUAAUCUGCAGCAGUACUCGCUUUAUGGCCUCUACUCUAAUCUAAAGGAUUCACUAAGCAGCCAGUUCAGUAACAUCUUCUGAUGAGUUUUCUUUUUUCUCUUGUGUGUAAGCUUGCUACUUUUUGUAUUUUUUUGUAUUAUUUCUCUCCUGCUUUUGUGUGUUUUAAUUCUUGGUCUCUUGCUCACAUGAUUUUAUGCUAUAUUUAUUAUGUAUUUAUUACUUGGAUUGUAACUUUUCAUGAAGUUAAUAGUGAGAUAUAUACUUG